GCCUCCACAAGAUGGCGGACGGCGGGGCAGCGCCCGCGCAGCCGGACGGGGAUGUGCCCGCGGCUCCAGCCGCCGCUGGCCGCAGGGACCGGCAGCCCCGGAGCGGCGGCCGCCCGCCCAGUGCCCGGGAUUUGCAGCUGGCCUUGGCAGAGUUAUAUGAAGAUGAAGCUAAAAGGCAGUCAUUGUGUUCUGACAAGCCAGCAGCUACAAAGACCAGUAACCCAAAGGUAUCACAGAGUCUUAAACUGGAUUCUCUUAAAAGGCUGAGAAAACCAGAGAGAAGCAUGAGCGAUGACAAAGAAAACCAAAGAUUUUAUUCAGGUGACUCAGAAUAUAGAGGAUUACAGAUUUCUGGGGCUUCCAAUAAUCCGAGUAAAAUUGUUGCUGAACUCUUCAAGGAAGCAAAAGAACAUGGGGCUGUCCCAUUAGAUGAAGCCUCGAGAGCAUCUGGUGAUUUCAGUAAAGCUAAGUCAUUUUCUGGUGGUGGAUACAGAUUGGGUGACUCAUCACAAAAGCACUCUGAAUACAUAUAUGGAGAAAAUCAGGAUGUUCAAAUUUUGCUGAAACUGUGGAGAAAUGGAUUCAGUUUAGAUGAUGGCGAGUUGAGAUCCUAUUCAGAUCCAACAAAUGCUCAGUUUCUUGAGUCUGUUAAAAGAGGGGAAAUUCCUGUGGAACUGCAGCGACUUGUUCAUGGUGGCCAGGUUAAUUUGGGUAUGGAAGAUCACCAAGAACAGGAAUAUGUGAAGCCCAGACUGCGAUUCAAAGCUUUCAGUGGCGAAGGGCAAAAACUUGGAAGCCUUACACCUGAAAUAGUCAGCACACCUUCUUCCCCAGAGGAGGAGGAGAAAUCCAUUCUUAAUGCACCUGUUCUGAUUGAUGAUUCCAUGCCAGCAACUAAAAUUCAAAUUAGAUUAGCAGAUGGAAGCCGAUUAAUACAAAGAUUUAAUCAAACACACAGGAUUAAGCAUAUUCGAGAUUUCAUUAUCCAGUCCCGUCCAGCUUUUGCAACAAUGGAUUUUGUUCUUGUGACUACCUUUCCAAAUAAAGAGCUAACGGAUGAAAGCCUGACACUGCAAGAAGCAGAUAUACUUAACACUGUGAUUCUUCAGCAAUUAAAGUAACCUUACGGUUGUUGUACAGCCCAGGGACCCUGCUGUACUGUCAUACAGUAUGUUUCCAAAAGAUGAAAGAAAGGAGAUAUCAGUGUCUUUUUAUUUCCUCAUUUCCAGGGAUCAUAUUUUUGGAUUUCAUGUCUUCCAGCUAUAACAUAUCUAACUUUUUUAUUUUAAUUUCUCAACAUUAUUCAAACGUUUUUCAAUAUUAAAAUUAAGCUUCUGUAUGUUAGUAUGUUUCAAACCACAUCUUAUACUAAAUGUGAAAUGAGAUAGGACUUUGUGACUCGUUGUUUUGAGGGGGGUGGGGGAAGGAGCAUUUUCUGAAGGGGACAGUAUCUUUCAUACAGUUGGUAAGAUUUGCACUAUGGAAAUGUUCUAUGCUGCACUGACAAACAGCCAUUUGAAAACUUAGACUGUAGGUUAUGUUUACCUUGCAAACUGUAUUAAGGUGUUCUUUUUAAUAGGUUUACAGAUAAUUAAUGCCCUAAUAUAAUUUUUGUACGUUCUAUUUGUAGUGUUUCAUAGUGCAGUAUAAUAUUUAUAUUCUAGUUUUUAUGUCAUUUUCCUUGUAUUGUUGCUCAUAUGAGUGAAUCAGUUCAGGAGAUGCAAACCUCAGCUGCUGCAGACUAUGAUAGAAUGUUCUUAUUUGUAUUCUAGUUGUACUACUUGUGAUGAAAAUAAAUAUGAAUUUUUUUCUUCUUGGAAGUUAGAGAAAUGUGAGAGACCACUGUCAUCUGGGGAAAUUAUGUGAUUUAGAGGAGGCCUGUGGUCAUUUUGAAUCUGAGUAUGCAGUUGGACCCUCUGCAGUGACAUGAUUCUUUACACAGUUACUUACACAACCCCAAAUAAAAAUACACUGAGGUGCACAAACACAGAACUGGUCUGCUUUUGUGCAUGCAAGUGACAGCAUAAAUGUGUUGAUUGGUCACGUAUUUUUGAUCUGAAUUUCAGUUCUUUAUAUUUGUAAUUUUGGCCAAAGGCAUUUUGUAGUAUUCAGUGGGGAUUUGGUUGUGCAGCUUUCACUGUUCUUGUUUGGAAGCUGUGUAAUUAAACCCCUUAAUCUUUGAAAUUGUAUAUUUUUUCACAUAACUUGCCCCAACACUGCAGUAAGCAGGUAGGAGUCUUAUGUUGGGGGAAACUGGCUGCUGUGCUUUAGUAGUGUGGAGUUUUUUAGUAUUUUUGGAUUUAUAUCAGAUGAGUGGAUCACACUGUGAAGGAGAGUAGAUGGGCUGUACCUCUUAUAUCAAUAUAUGUGUUAAAAAUUGUUGUUUCCAUGAUUAUUUUGUUCUGAAAAUACUAGUACUUGUUUAUUUAUGUUAAGGUUAUAAUUGCUUAGUAUAUUCUUACGUUUUUACCUCAAAGUAGAUAUUUGACUGAGUAGAUUUUAAACAUGCAAUUGUAUUUGAAGUAUUUUGUUUUGCAUUCUGAAUAUCUGCAUGAUUUUAAUCAUAAUUCAUUUCAUGUGCUAAGUAAUUAAAGUUUUAUGUUAAAGAUUGCA